AUGUUGCUGCUUCUGUGCAGGCAUGGAACCUCUUUGCCUAAGCUAGAUAACCUGGUACUGAGUGGAAAAAUGAAGAUUCUCCUGUUCUUUCUAGGUCUGCUUGGUAAUUCCACUGCUAUGCCAAUGCAAAUGCCCAGAAUGCCUGGAUUUAGCAGUAAAAGUGAGGAGAUGAUGCGGUAUAAUCAAUUCAACUUUAUGAACUCCCCACAUAUGGCACAUCUGGGCCCCAUGUAUGGAAAUGGUAUGCAAAUGCCUCAGCACUUCCCUCAGUACCAGAUGCCCAUGUGGCCUCAGCCACCACCCAAGCUGGGACGCCCACAGAAACCUUCAUCUCCUCCAUCAUCCAAACGCCAAAGCAAGACUGAUCAAAACCCAGAGACCCCGAAACCCAACCAGCCUCAGCCAAAAAAGCCACCACCAAAACGGCCUCUAAAGCAGCCAUCACCUGCCCCAACUCAACCCCAAGAGGAAGUUCGGCCACCUCAGGCCUUCCCACCAUUUGGCAAUGGGCUAUUUCCUUACCAGCAGCCACCAUGGCAAGUUCCACAUAGGGUACCACCAGGUUUUGGACGCCCACCAGUCAGCAAUGAAGAAGGGGGGAACCCUUACUUUGGCUAUUUUGGAUAUCAUGGAUUUGGGGGCCGUCCUCCUUAUUAUUCAGAAGAGAUGUUUGAACAAGAUUUUGAAAAGCCCAAAGAAAAAGACCCACCUAAAACAGAGAGUCCAGCCACCGAACCUUCAUCUAAUUCAACAGUUCCUGAAACUAAUUCUACCCAACCAAAUGCACCCAAUCCUGGAGGGAAUCAGGGUGGAAAUGACACCAGCCCAACUGGAAAUAGUGGUCAUGGGCCAAACACUGGAAGUGGCCCUACAGCUCAAAAUGGAGUCAUCCCACCCCCUGUAGUUAAUGUUUCAGGCCAGGGCAUACCAAGACAUCAAAUCCCAUAUGGGCCACGUCAGCCAAAUGUUCAUGAACAUUAUCCAAAUCCUAACAUCCGAAAUUAUCCUACAGGAAGACAAUGGCGUCCCACUGGUACCAACAUGGGGCACAGCCAGAAUGGACCUUUUUACCGAAGUCAGCAAAUUCAAAGGGGUCCUAGAUGGAACUCCUAUGCUUUGGAAAGCAAACAAGUGGUUCGUCCAGGAACUCCAUUUUAUCGCAGAGCUUAUGCUAACACUGCAAGAGGCAAUUCUCCCAAUCAUGCAGGAAAUCCAGUAAAUUUCAGAAGAAAGCCACCAUCUCCAAAUAAACAACCCAUGGGAACCAAUGUUGCCCCUUUGGGUCCCAAACAUGAUACUGUUGGCCAAAAUGAAAAAAUGCAAAACCCAAAAGAGAAGCUACUAGUUCCAAAGGAAAGAAUAGUCAUUCCUACAAAGGCUCCAGCUAGUCCCUGGAGAAACUCCCAAGAUUAUGAAGUUAAUAAAGAUUAUGGAGUUAAUAAAGAUUUUGGAGUUAGUAAGGAUUAUGGUGUUAGUAAAUCGAACUAUAAACAGCCUCACCCUGAGGGUAAUAUGCUAAUCCCAAACUUUAAUUCUAUUGAUCAACAUAACUCAUUUUUCCCUAGAGGAGAUUCCAGAAGAGGACCAAAUUCUGAUGGACAGGCCCAAAGUCAGAAUCUCCCCAAAGGGAUUGUUUUAGAGCCAAAAAGAAUCCCAUAUGAAUCAGAAACUAAUGGGCCAGAAUUAAAGCAAAAUGCAUAUCAUCCUGUAUACCCUGAGGAAAUCCCUUCCUCUGCAAAAGAACAUUUCCCUUCUGGAAGAAACCCUUGGAACCAUCCAGAAAUAUCUCCACCUUUUAAGGAAGAACCUAGAAGGCAGGAUGAACACUCACCUUCCCUUGGCUCUAGAGGAAGUAUUUACUACCCAGACUAUAACCCCUAUGAUCCCAGGGAAAACUCACCAUACCUUAGAAGCAAAACAUGGGAUGAGAGAGAUGAUUCUCCCAAUACUAUGAGACAAUCUGAAAGUCCACAGUAUCCCAUGAAUACUCCAGACCCAAUAGAGACUAUCCCUUAUAAUGAAGAGGACCCAACUGAUCCAAUUGGAGAUGAAACUUUCCCAGGACAAGGUAGAUGGGGUAUGGAAGAGUCAAGUUUUAAAGAAGGGCCAACAGUUAGACACUACGAAGGCAAGCAAUACACCUCAUAUCAACCAAAGGAAUACCUACCCUAUUCCUUAGAUAACCCAUCAAAACCCAGGGAGGACUUUCCUUAUCAUGAAUUUUACUCCUGGAAUCCAGAGGAGAACUAUCCGCCAUAUAAUACAGCCCCCUCAGUUCCACCACCUGUGGAGAGCAGGGGUUAUUAUGCUAAUAAUGGCCUUGGACAAGAAGAAAGUACUCGGUUUCCUUCUUGGAACUCCUGGGACCAUAAGAUUCAGACCCAAGAGCAGAAAGAAAAAGGGCCAUAUUUUAACAGAAAUUUCUGGGAUCAGCCACCAAAUCUACACAAAGUCCCUGAGCAAGAACCACACCAGAGCGAGAACCACCUCUAUUCUAGUAACUCUCCAGCUGGACUUCAAAAACUUCCAAGAUGGAAUGAAGGAGAGAAUAUGAACUAUGACAUGCAAAUGACUAAGUUAAAUUCACCAAAGGGAGAACCAAAUCGCCCAGCAGGUCAGAAAGAAGCACAUGUAUUUCAUCUAAACCAAAGAGGCCCUUGCUGUGCCGGUGUCUCCACAGGACAAAAGGAAAAUCCACUUGCUCUUCAAGACUACACUCCCUCCUAUGGUCUGGAGCCAGAGGAGAACCAAGAUGCCAGCCCUCUGCAUACAGAAGACAGUCACACCAAGCAUGCCAGGCAUAUCAUCUCCCCCACAAGCAUUGUACCUGGACAAGGAAACACCUCAGAGAAAAUACUGCCUGGAGAAAGUCAAAACCCAAGCCCUUUUAGAGAUGAUGUGUCCACUUUGAGAAGGAACACACCAUGUUCCAUGAAGAAUCAGCUGGGCCAAAGAGGAAUUAUGCCCUUACCUGAAGCCAGUUCCCUUCAAGCAAAGAAUAUCCCUUGUCUCAAAAAUAAUCUUGGAGGAGAUGGAAACGAGGUUUUGGAACAAGUAUUUGAAGGCAACCAGCUCAAUGAAAGAACUGUAGGCCUUACUCCAGAGCAACUUGUUAUUAGUACCAUUGAUGAAAGCCUCAAGCCAGAAGGAAUCCAAAGUGAAGUGCCAGAAUAUGAAGGUGAUAGGCAGCAACAAAGGCCAUCUAGCCUCCUCAAGUUACCGUGUUUGGGCUCUAGCACUGGAAGGCGAGGCCCAUAUGAUAGGGAGCCAAUCGGGCCUACUGAAAUCCCUGGGCUAGCUACCCAGUCAGAGUUUCACAGUAUAAAUGUGGAUCCCCUCAAUGCAGGUGAACACACUCCAUUUGAUUCCCUUCAAAUAGGCUCCAAUCCACAGCACCAUGUACAAGACUGCUUACUACUUCAGGGCUAG